UGAAUACUGUCGGGAGGGUGCUGCGUAAUGGCUUGAUUUUACGACGGGGUGAAGAUGGCGGAGGAGGAGGAGAUGAGGAGCCGAGUGCUGGGCCGAGGGCAGGUCGCCGGGGGUUGGCCGGAGCCCGAGCAAGUGGUCAGGAAUUGGCAGGAAGAAGUUGAUUUGCGUUCCGGAAUAUAUCGACAUUUUAUGGAAUAUGUCCCUACAGUACAUUGUUCAGGAUCAGAAGCCAAGUUACCCGAAGAGGAACAGGCCUAUCACAUAUUACUCCAAACCCUGGAAUGGUUUCUAUUUGGAGAAUCCCCUGAAGUUGGUUUUGCAAAGCUGGAGCAAAACAAUAUUACUUCGCAACUAUGUGGCCGAGUUUUCAAAGGAGGAGAGACCACAUAUUCCUGUCGAGACUGUGCAAUAGAUCCCACUUGUGUACUAUGCAUGGACUGUUUCCAAAACAGUGUUCACCGAAAUCAUCGGUACAAGAUGAAUUCUUCUUAUGGAGGAGGGUUUUGUGACUGUGGUGAUGUUGAAGCCUGGAAGACUGGGCCUACUUGUAUAAAGCAUGAACAUGGUCCAUCUGAGGACACAAAGAAUCCUGCAAGCCAGUUACCCGUCGGUGUGGCUGAACGAGCCCAGGAAUUGUUCACUAUUAUAUUCAUGUAUAUUGUGGACAUGCUGAUUUGGACAGAGGACAAAGAGCUGCCUCCAGGACUACAACCAAGGGAGAAGACGGACUCUUAUUUCUGUGUGCUAUUUAAUGAUGAACAGCAUUCCUUUGACCAUGUUAUUUACUCACUCCAGCAGUCAUUAGGCUGUUCACCAAAAGAAGCACAGAAUUACACCACCUUGAUAGAUAGAGAGGGUCGUAGACCUAUAAAACAUGGAACAUUGCUUCUUUGUCAAGAAACAAAGCUCGAAGUUUAUAACAUUACAAACAGCUUCUUUCAGUCACCUCUUCGUGUUGAGAUUCUUCACUCAAGUGUCGUAUCCCAUCAGACAUUUGCUUUACGUCUUCUCUCCUGGCUCAACCAAGUUAUUGGUUAUUCAGCUGGAUUACGUCAAAUUUUCUGUGAGGUUGUACUUAACCGACCACCAGACUUGGAUCAACCUUGCCUGGUCAGCAAAUUGAUGUUAGCUGACACCAAAUUAUGGAAAGGAGCUCGUAAAAUCUUCCAUGAAUUAAUAGUGUGCAGUUUGCUGAUGGAAACUGAAUACAAGCGGCUCUUUGCUGUCGAAUUUAUCACUCAUUACAAGCAAUUGCAGCUUGAGUUUGUGGAGGAUGACCAUGAUCGAAACAUAUCUGUGACUGCACAGUCUGUGCAAAUAUUCACUGUUCCAACACUGGCUCGCCAUCUGAUUGAAGAACACGGUGCACUAAGGAUCAUAAUUGAGACCAUAAUCGAGCUGUUUUCUGAGCACAUGGAUAAUGGCAAGCUUCAUUUUCAGAGUUACUCCCAAGAUAAAUUGCUGAGGAAACAAAUGGUGUUGUACGACCUUAAAUAUGUUUUAAUCAGCAAGCCUCCUCUUUGGACAGACCGACAGAGAGAACAUUUCCUAGAAGGUUUUAAAAUCUUUUUGAGGCUCUUAAAAUCUAUGCAGAAUAUGGAGCCAGUGAGUCGCCAGAUUGGGCAGCACCUUGAGAUAGAGCCGGAAUGGGAGCCAGCAUUCACUGUGCAAAUGCAUCUAAAAUGUAUUCUGUCCAUGAUUCAGGAAUGGUGUGCAUCUGAUGAGCAAGUUCUUCUUCGAGCCUACAAGGAGUGCCACCGUGUUUUGUCCCAGUGUUCUAAUGAGUGCAGUCAACGCAAUGCAAGGAAGCAGUACAACACUCUGACUAUGUGUGGUCACUCCAUCAGCUUGAAACGCUAUUUGGUAUCUCGAGAGUCUGUCAGUAUUCACCUUCCCCUAUCCAGGCUCCUUGCAGGUUUACAUGUACACCUAAGCAAGAGUGGAGCAAUUAACAAGCUCGAGGAGUUUGUGCCAUCAUCGGAAUUUCAUGUUGAAAAGCUGAUGGACUACCCAUUGCGAUGCUUGGUGCUGAUGUCUCAAGUCUCAGCUGAAAUGUGGAGAAGAAAUGGAUUUUCCUUAGUAAAUCAGGUGCAUUACUACCGAAAUGUAAAAUGGAGGGAAGAGAUGUUUGACAAAGACAUAAUCAUGUUACAGAUUGCCGCCUCUAUUAUGGAUCCAAAUCGGUUCCUAAUAUUUGUACUGAAUAGAUACGAAUUAUUUGAAGUCUUUUCUAAGCCUGCAGUUGCUCGAAGUAAGGAUGUAAUCCAGCAAACCAAUAUUUUAAUAGAAGAAUUACUACACCUCAUUAUUAUGGUUGUUGGGGAGAGGUAUGUUCCUGGAGUAGGCCAUGUGAUGAAAGAUGAUGUCACUCUGAGAGAGGUGAUCCAUUUACUGUGUAUUGAACCAAUGCCUCACAGUGAACUGGCAAAAUUAUUACCCGAGAAUGAGAACAAUGAAACUGGUUUGGAAAAUGUUAUACAUCAAGUGGCUACAUUCAAAAAGCCAGGGUUAUCUGGGCAUGGUGUUUAUGAGCUGAAGCCAGAAUGUCUGAAAUGCUUCAAUCUGUUUUUCUACCAUUACUACAAGUCACAGCAAACUAAGGCUGAGGAAGAACAGAAAAAAAAGAAAAAACAAGCCAACAGCGAUGAAGCUCUUCCACCUCCUGCCCUUCCUCAGUUUUUUUCAACAUUUGCAAAGGUUGUGAACAUUUUGAACUGUGACGUUUUCAUGCUAAUCCUCAGAACAGUUCUUCAACGAGCUGUGGAUUCCCUUGGGCAGUUGUGCAGUGAAGCAGUGGUACAGAAGACCCUUCAUCUCAUCUGCAUGGCUCUGCAAGAAGAACAGAGACAGCUAGAAGGAGUCAUUGCAGAGGAAGAUGUGACAUUUGAUGUUUAUCUCAAAGCAACAAGGAUGGGUAGUUCUGCCGUGAAUGCUGAGAGCAUCCUGUCACUCCUGGAGAAACUAAAACACGUACAUCAAUUAGACGCCCAGAAGGACAUGAUUAUUUAUACCUUACAGAUGUUUGAUGUUGUGAAAAAGCUGAGGGAGAAAUCAAGCCCCAGUUCAGCAGACACUGACAUCCAAAGAGCAAAUGAGACUGUACAGGAAAAAGAUAAGGCUGAGCGAAAACGGAAAGCAGAUGCCGCCAAAUUAUAUCGGCAGAAGAUCAUGGCACAGAUGUCUGCAAUGCAGAAAAACUUCAUUGAAUCAAACAAACACCUAUAUGAAAAGGUGACAGAAGCUCAAAAACAAGGGGUGAUCAUAGCUGAGAAUGAUAGCAUUCCACUGGCGGAGGAUUCUGGUGUAGCGCUGGGACCAAUGCAAGGUGCAACAGCAGCUGAGAAAAUAAUACUGACUUGCAUCUUAUGUCAGGAAGAGCAGGAAGUGAAAACAGAUGAAAUGGCCAUGGUACUAGCGGCUUGUGUUCAGAGAUCCACAGCCUUGACUAAAAAUAGGUCUCGAAUCAUAACAAAUAUAGGAGACAACUACGAUCCGAUCAUCAUGCAUCCUGACCUGGGUUGUGGCACUCAUGUAGGAAGCUGUGGGCAUGUGAUGCAUGCCACCUGCUGGCAGAAAUAUUUUGAAGCUGUCCAGAACUCAACACGCAACCGGGUUCACAUUGAGCUGUCAUUUGAUCUGGAAAAUGGAGAGUUCCUCUGCCCACUGUGCAAGGCUCUGUGUAACACUGUCAUCCCAGUCAUUCCACUGCAAGCACACAAUCUAAACAGCAAAGAUACAGAAACAAUAACACAUAUGCUCACUUUAUCUCGGUGGCUGGAAAACGUCUUGGCAAGAAUAACUGGAUUAAAUGCUUCGGGCAUAAAAGAGGAGGAAAACAGUCUCAUUCAAGUGAACCCAGUUUUGUGGAAAAGUCCUGUGGAGUUUAGGUCCAUCCUCAGCUUUGGAGUCCAAUCACUAGUCAAGUAUUCAAAGAGCAUUGUGGAAAUGCUGCUACUGUUUGCUACCGCUGUGUACCGGGUGGGAUUGAAAGUUGCCCCUAAUGAAGCUGAUCCUCGAGUCCCACUAAUGGCGUGGAGUGCCUGUGCCUUUACAAUUCAGUCCACAGAGAACAUACUUCACGAUGAGGACAAAGUUUUAUUUGGAUCACUGCCGGACAGACAGGGUAUAAGCCUGAAGGCAGUUCUGCAAUUUGCUGCUUCUCAGAGGGUGGUGGCAUCAGCCAAAGUUAUCCAGAAGCACCUGACGCGCUUACUGUCGGUUUUUCUACCCAACUUGGAUGUUGAAGACAAUUGGUCUCUUCUAGAUAUUGACUUCUUCCACCUCCUGGUAAGUCUAGUCUUAGCGUUUCCUUCAUUGUACUGGGAGGAGGCUGUGGAGCUGCAACCCUCGGAUAUCAGCUGUGCAUUCAACAACCUCUACCUCUUCCAUCUGGCUACCAUGGCACAUAUUGUGCAGAUACUUUUUACCUCAACAAGAGACUGUCCUAUGGAGCAGGAUGGAGAGGAAAGUGAGGAGACCCGUUCAGCAGCAGAACUUUACGAAACUCUUCAAGAAUACACAAGCAGGUCUUUAGAAAGUAAGCCCCAUGGCUGGUACCUGUGGAAUUGUGUGAAGUGUGGCAUCACUCCAUUCCUCCGUUGUUCUGCUUUGUUCUUCAACUACCUGCUUGGUGUGCCACCACCUGGGGAUCUGUCAAAAGGUUCUUCAGAAGGGCACUUUGAAGCCUUAUGUUAUUACCUGGCUUUGCCUACCAAUCUUUUCAAGCUUUUUCAUGAUUAUAAGGACACAGUGACCCCUUUACUACAAAGGUGGUGUUCUGAUUCUUCAGUGCAAAGCUUUCUCAAGGGGCAGAGAACAUCAGUUCGAUAUCCAAGGGAAAGAAAUCAGUUAAUAGAUCUCCCAGAGGAUUACAGUUCUCUUCUGAAUCAGAGUUGCCAGCAUAGUUGCCCCAGAUCAUCUGAUGACGAACCCAAGAACCUUGCCCUUUGCAUGUUCUGUGGAGCCAUGCUGUGUUCCCAGAGUCAAUGCUGCAGGGAAGAAGUGAAUGGAGAAGAGUUUGGCGCAUGUGCAGCUCAUGCUAUAAACUGUGGGUCCGGAUUGGGAAUGUUCCUCAGGAUACGGGAGUGUCAGGUGCUGCUGCUGGCAGGAAAGAACAGAGGAUGUUUCAUACCUGCUCCGUACCUGGAUGAUUAUGGAGAGACGGACCAGUUACUCAGAUGCUGCCUGACCUGCUGAGUGUUUCCAGCAUUUUCUGUUUUUAUUUCAGAUUUUGAGCAACUGCAGUUCUUUGAUUUUCAUUCUGUUUGAAGUACAAUAAGAGACCUAUCCAAUUUUCUUUAAGUAUUAUAUUGGGAAUUCCAUUCUGGUUUUAUACAGCAAGUCUUGGCUAGGAUAAACCCCGUGACCCAGUUACAGAAGCAUUACUACUGAGCAUUGAGUCAUGGUGAGAAAACUUACUGGAAAUUGUUAAAGCAUUAGAAAUAAGAAUUCUUUCAACUAAUUACCCUGCAUAGAGUCACUGUCAGUUUAUCAAAUGGUUUGCCUCAAUGGUACAG